AUGGCUGAAGAUUACCAAUUAUCCCAGGACCAGAUCGAUUUCUUCCUCGAACAUGGCUGGCUGAAGCUAUCAAACUGCUUCACACGCGAGCAAGCAGAGGAGCUGCAAUCCACUUUGUGGACUCGACUAGGCAUGGAUCCAAAUGAUAUGUCCACAUGGCACACCGAACGCACAAACAUGCCGUCGUUCAAGGAAUUCCCGGCUGAAACCUUCGCUCCCAAAGCGUGGGCGGGAAUAUGUUCUCUCCUUGGAGGCGUCGCGCGAGUUAAUCCCGAAGGAGUCUCGAAGUGGAAAGACAGCUUCAUCGUCAAUCUGGGCACACCAGAAGGUCACAACAAGGUCGUCAAGCCCCAGGAACUGACCGGCUGGCAUGUCGACGGCGACUUCUUUGUACACUACCUCGACAGCCCUGAGCAAGGGCUUCUGGUUAUCCCGCUAUGGACAGACAUCGCGCCCGGUGGUGGUGGCACUAUGAUUUGUCCUGCUGCUAUUCCACAUAUUGCCAAACACCUCUAUGAGCAUCCUGAGGGCGUGAGUCCCAGCUUUACCCCACGGGCGCAAAAUCCGGAGUUCAAGGAAGAAGACCACUUGACAUGGUUUAAUAAUCUUGCUGCCUCGAUGCCGGACGAGGCCUUUGUCGAAGCUACCGGUGUGGUCGGAGAUGUCUACCUACUUCACCCACUGAUGCUGCAUUCGGCGAGCAACAACCGACUUCGUCAAGUACGAGUCAUCACGAACCCACCAGUCAGCCUGAAGGAGCCGUUCAACUUCGACCGAGAAGAUGGGAAUUACAGCAUUGUGGAGCGGACGACUAUGAGGGCGCUGGGGAAGGAGAGGCUUGAGGGAUGGAAGAUCCAGGGCGAAAGGCAGAUGAUUGUACCUAAGAGGGUGCGGAUUCAACAGGAGAUGAAGAGAAAGGAGGAAGAGAGGUUGAGGAAGUUGAAGGAGGGUAGCGGGGUGGAUGUCAAGGUGACACCCAUUACCGCAUGA